UAAAGUUUCGAGUACUUGAACGGUUGGGCCUGAAUUUUCUCUUUGGUCGGUUAGGUUUCGCAAUAUUGAGCAGACAGUGCACAGGCCCAAAUAUUCACUGCGUAGACGGGAUUAUAAGUUUUUUCGGUCGCUUGCCCGAUCGGUGUCGCCUUGAUCCGGAAUCUCAUGGCUGCGAAAUUCCUGUGGCGCGCUCAGGGGAAGUUACUGGUGGCAGCCACAGCCGCAUGCGCCGGCGCUGGUGCAGCCACAGUAGCCGCCUCCGACGAUCCCGCGAUGGCGCUGAAGCUCUGCACCGCCGUCCCUGUCCGCCUUUACCGCGACUGCGUCACGGCAGCUACAGUCGCAUUUGAUUACGAAUAUUCAUUGUGGGGACUGCCAGAAGGAAGUAUUGAGAGGGCAAGAGUCAAACACGAAGUUCACCAUAGGUCAGCGCUUAAGCUUCAAGAACUAUGUUUCAAAAAUGGAGGAAUUUAUAUCAAGCUUGGUCAACACAUUGGGCAGCUAGAAUACUUAGUACCUGAAGAGUAUGUUAAAGUUAUGAGGGAGUCUAUGUUGAAUAAGUGCCCAGUUUCUUCGUAUGAUCAAGUCUGUGAAGUUUUUGAGAAAGAGCUUGGAGAGACGCCUGAUAAAAUAUUUAGUGAGUUUGAUCCUGUUCCGAUAGCCAGUGCUUCCCUUGCACAAGUUCACGUUGCUCGCACUCAUGAUGGCCAAAAAGUUGCUGUGAAGGUUCAACACACUCACAUGACAGAUACUGCAGCUGCUGAUCAUGCCACUGUUGAGUUGAUUGUGAACACUCUGCAUCGGUUCUUCCCUGCUUUUGAUUACAGAUGGUUAGUUGAUGAAAUACGUGAAAGUUUACCUAAGGAACUAGAUUUUGUGGUUGAGGCCAAGAACAGUGUGACGUGUUUGGAUAAUUUUCGGAAGCUAUCCCCUCAUAUUGCAGACUAUGUAUAUGCUCCGAAGGUGCAUUGGACUUUAAGUACCUCCAAGUUGUUAACUAUGGAAUUCAUGGAUGGUGCAUAUGUGAAUGAUGUGAAAGCAAUCCGAAGACUUGGAAUUCAACCAAAUGAAGUUUCUAAAUUGGUCAGUCAAGCUUUCGCUGAGAUGAUAUUCAAGCAUGGGUUUGUGCAUUGUGACCCACAUGCUGCCAAUUUGCUUGUUCGACCUUUGCCUUCUGGUGGAAAGAACAUUUUUGGCAAGAAAAAACCUCAGUUGGUACUUCUUGACCAUGGUCUCUAUAAAGAGCUUGACUUGCCCACUAAAUUUAAUUAUGCUUCACUUUGGAAGGCUUUGAUUUUUUCUGAUGCCAACUCGAUUAAAGAGAAUAGUGCGAAGUUGGGUGCUGGUGAGGAUCUCUAUGCACUCUUUGCGGGAAUUCUUACCAUGAGGCCCUGGGAUAGGGUAAUUGACCCAGCUGUUGAUCAUUUGGCGAUAAAUGGCACUGACAGUGAACGUUCAGAACUACAGAUGUAUGCAUCUCAGUAUUUCUCUGAAAUCUCAGAGCUUCUUAGGAGACUGCCACGGGUGAUUUUACUAAUGCUGAAGACUAAUGACUGUCUACGGGCAGUUAAUAAUUCUCUGUUGAAGGGAUCUUCUUUGGAGUCAUUCUUGAUCAUUGGAAGAGUCUCCUCCAAAGCAGUUCUCGAGGCAAAAAUGUCACAGAGUAAAUCUUUCUUACAGAGGUUAAGCAUAUGGUUGGAGGGAUUCAUAUUGGAAGCUCGACUUCUUGCGAUGCAGAUGACCUUAUUUCUUCUACAACUGAGGAAAUCUCUGACAUUGUGAAAUAUAAAAUAACCAAAAGAAAAAAUAAAUCAGUCGCAGAAACCCUUCUAUUUUCUUCCUUUUAAUUUGUUAUUGCAUGAAUAGGGUCUCAUAUUCUUUGUCUCCGUAGCUCAAAUAUUGCAUUCUUGGGCAUGGAUCGACAGAUUCUUUCAGCAUGAGAAGGAAAUUACAGACCGAUCAUAAAUAAUGGGUUUUCUUUCAUUUAUAAAACAACUGUGUGUAUUCACAUGAUUCUCCUUUUUUUUGUCAUUGAUGUACAUCAGUGUAAAAGCAGUAGAUACAUUUUGUAUGAACAACAAAUGAGGUGGUAAACAACCAUUGUUGAUUAUAGACAUUAUAGUUUAUACAGUUCAUAUAUUUAGUGUUGA